CUGGCUCCGCAGCUCCGGGGGCCGCCCGCGCCCCGGCCGGAGCGCCGGGUUCCCCAAGCCCCUGAGGGCUCCAGCGUUCGGUGUGCGAGCUGCCCCCCUCUGGGGUAUAGUUUAGUGUUAUGGGUGAUACAAAAGAAGCUAAAAUGCAGAUAACACCAGAAACUCCAGGGCGAGUCACAGUCCUGAAUCCUUUUGAAAGUCCCAGUGAUUAUUACACUCUUCAGGAACAGAUUGUCUCCAGUCCUUCAGUCUUUAAAUCAACAAAAUCCUCAUCUACACCAGGAAAAUUUAGAUGGUCUAUUGAUCAGCUUGCUCUAAUAAAUCCUGUGGAAAUUGACUCUGAAGAUGUUCGACGCCAAGCGAUGUAUCUGAGUCAUGCUAGAAUUGAUAAGGAGACAGAAGACAGAAGACAAAAAGCCAUUGAGGAGUUUUUCACAAGACGACUCAUAGUUCCUUCUCCUUGGAUUGAACACGAAGGCAAGCAAGUUUCUCAGUUUAAUUCAACUAAAUCCAUAGAUUUGAAUAACAUUUCUCCAAUUGGAAGACAGCUAACUUUGCAGCCUGGGAAAAGCAAUGCUGCUUGUCAGACAGUACUGUCCUUGCCAGUGGAUUUUAAUUUAGAGAAAAUACUAGGUGAAUAUUUUAGAACUGAUGAAUUUGCAGAUCAGUCUCAGGAAAAUCUGAGCUCUUCAUCACUCAGAAGAAAGCUGUUUCUAGAAGAAAAUGGGAGUGUAUCUGGGUGUUUGUCCCCUUCUCUACAUAGUUCACGUGGUAGUCAGCCACUUGGAGUGCUUUGUUCAAUAGACAUAUCUCCAGUCCGAUGCAGAAGCCCUCUGGAAACAUCUAGUUCAGGUCAGUUUUCAUCAAGUCCUAUUCAGGGAGGAACAAGGGCUUACAGUCUGGGAAGUAUAACCAGUCCCACAUUUCCAGAGGGGUCUCCUGUACAAAAUGGUUCUCCUACUUUUUCACCAAUUGCUUUUCACAUCAGAAAGACACCACUGUCAGACCAAAGAAAAUUCACAUUUCAUUCUCCAGAUAUUCCUUCUUCCUCAAAUAGAAUGACACCCCCAAUUAUGAGAAGUCCUUAUAUAGAUGGUUGUUCCCCGAUUAAAAAUUGUUCUCCUAUGAGGCUUGGAUCAUGUAGAGGAACUGCCCAGUAUCAGACUUCCGUCAUUAGAAUACCGAUUGCAGUUGAGAAUCAGAGUGAGGAUGAGGAAGACAAAGAAAAUGCUUCUCCAGCAGAAGCUCGGUUCCCAGAAAUGGAUAACGGAAUAAACUUAUGCCAGGAAGAUGGUGAUUCUUUUGCACGUGGUACGCAUCUCGUGGUAGCAACUGUGUCUAUUGCAUCAGCUCACUCAGAAGCUUGUCAUCAAAGGUUGUCAUCAUUUCAGGAUAUAGAAGGCUCAAAGGAAAAUAAUACUGUAGAUAUGGCUGACGCAGCUGACGUGUCGGAGGAGAACACUUGGAUAAAAGAAACAAUUGGCAAUAGCAAUGCACCAAUGACCAGCUUUAUGACAGGGAUAACUUUCAGCAUUGAAAACUCUCGCAUGUGCAUGUCGCCUCUGGCAGAAAGCAGUGCAAUUCCUUGUGACAACAGUAGUAUUCAGGUGGACAGUGGUUAUAAUACACAGACUUGUGGAAGCAGCAUUAUGGAUACUGCGGGGGCUGAAAACAGUUGCAGAGAAAAUGAUGUGAAUACUAAUGUGUUUCAGAAUAAAUCUCAGCUGCUUAGAACAAAGGAGGGUUCCGUUUUAAACCAUAAGGACAAUCAGUUGCUGAAAGCAAAAUCUCCAGAGAAGCAAUCCUGUUUCCAAAAAGCAAAAAAACAUAGUACAGUAUUUGGUCAAAAUACAACUUGUAACAUUUCUGCCUGGAAACAUAAAAGUGAAAAUCAAGUUCAGGGAUUUCACAAAAAUGGCUAUGGUGUUCCAUACACUACUCAGAAAUAGGAAUAAAAGAAAUUGAGAGCCAGAGAAGCACCUCCAGCUGCCACCACAAAUAGAGAGGGAGGAGGCAACUCCUGCAGCGUCUGUACAACCGUUCUAACAGAGAAACCAGCUGGCAAACAUAUGGGUUAACUGUUUGGAGGGAAACAGGCCAUCUACUCAUCAGCAGGCACAAAAAUAGCAAGGGAAAUAAAGCAAGAGAGCCCCACAAAGGCUCACCAAAGAUUUUCUGAAAAAUACUCCUGCAAACUUGUCUCUCUGUCUCUCACCAUUUAUUUCAAACUAAUUACAAAAAAAAAGGUUUAUAUUAGAGUUAAUUAAAAAACUAUUAACAACUAAGAUUCAGCUUUACUUUACCAAAUACUUUAUGAAAGCACAAAGUGUAAUUUUAAAUACAUUAUCUUUUCAAAAAGAGCACAGUCAGCAUUUCAGUAGUCUAUAUACAUAUAAAUGAAAGUAAAGAAAAAAGUCAGAAAAAACAAAGAGGAAAAAUUACUAUAAUGAUCCAUACUAACAUAUGUCACCAUGAAAUAACUGCAUCUUAAGCCAUUACUGAGGCAAAUUAAAGUUCACAGCAUGAAGGCAAAAUG